CCAGCUGGCGGUGGAGCCUCGUGCAUGGGUGCUAAGGGGCACGAUGAACAUCGAAGUGCACAACAUCACUUACACCAGUGCCACUGUCUCCUGGGCCAUGAACAACCCCUGUCCAGAGAACUACUACCACGUCAUGUACCGUCCCAACUGGAACAGCAUCUUUGCUGGCUAUUUACGCCAAAACUUCCACCGUGAGGAACGAGUUCCUCACCCCCUCAGCUCCCUCAUCCUCCACCAACUCAUGCCAUCCACCAUCUACAUCCUCUGCAUCACAUGCAAGAAUGCUUACCCCUCCAGCAACCACUGUAUCACCUUCCACACUCUGGACAAAAACCCUCUGUUUUUUGGUGGCUCUAAGCAUGAACCGACCACCUCCAUGUGGAUGGUGAGCAGCCUGCUGCUCCUCUGCUUCAUUGCUCUCCUGGCUUAUGGCUGCCUGCAGUUCUGGUCUGCACGGUGCCAACGGGCUGCAAGGCUGAAGCAUCUUGACACCAUCCCUGAAGAAGUGGGUGAAGGGAGCAGCUCGUUGGAGGGGCUGCUGAGUGAUGGACUGAGAGAGGAGCUUCUGGAAGUCCCCACGACCACUGUGCUAAUGAGGAGCUCCAGCUUCAUGAAGGAGAGUGCAUAUAGCUCCCCCCAUUCCUUUUUUUCCUAUAAAAAUGGUGAUGAUAAAAGGGCCAUCUUGCCACAGCACGGCUUUCAGUGACAGCAAAAUAAAGGGAGACCCUGCCUAGAGGUUUGGUUCAUGCUGCUCUUUCCCAGUGCUUGCCAACAGGAUUGCUGGUGUGUCCUCAGGGGCUAUCUGUCCCAGGGUAGAACAUUAGGUGGUGUCAUUGGUCACAGUGAGGAAGAUUUUCACCAAGGGACAAAAACAUUUUUAUUUGCUGAGGGUUUUUUAAGAAGAAACCAAGUCAGCUCUCUGGGAAUGGCCAAGCUCAGCUGACUGUAGUGUCAUUAGCUAAUCUGCAUCAGUGCUGUAGGCUCACUUCAGAGUCAUCAAUCAACACAACACACUCUACUCAAGAGGUUUCACACUUGAGUGACCCCCUGCUAGUAUCACACCCCAAGCCCUCAUAGUGCCUGUACAAAGUCAUGGCAGCCUGCCAAGAGAGCUUUUGUUCAGUAUUAAGGAGUCUGUAUUUGCACACACAAGAAUUUUAGCAAUUUCUAUUUUGAACUGCAAAUGGGACUCCUGAAGCAGAACCUUCCUUGGGGAGGAGCUCCAACUUGCUCCACUCUUUGCCAGUUUAGAUGGAUGUGACUUGGUCUCAGCGCCAACACCCAGAGCUGUGUCAGCAUCCCCUAGCACGGGCACAGUGUGGAGAAGAACAGGGGAAAGCAAUAGCAAAAGCAAUCUCAAUCUGCUUCUUGCAUGGCUUUUUAGUUUCACAGCCCUGCACAUCGGCACCUGCCACUCUGUUAGUGAACUAGUUCUUGUAGUGCUUU